GGCGGCGGCCGGAGGAAGAUGGUGGCAGCGGGAGGAGCGGCUGGUUGCCGGGCUUGCCGCCCCGCUCUGCGUUGCCGCCCCCGCCGGAGCCGCCCUGCCUGUUGACGAGGCGGCACGGACCCGCACCAGGUGCGGCAGGGCCUCGGCUGAGAGCGGGAGCUGGGCUGCAGUAGACAAAAUGUCAACAGAAUAGUGACCUAGCCACCAGAACUUGCCAUGAACAAUUUGGUUGGACCGCCUGAGGGGGAGGCAAAUGAAGAGCCAGCAAAUGGAGCAGUGAACGAGUCAGUGGAGGCUGACCUGGUGCACUCAGAGGUGGAAGAGGAGCAGCGGUAUGCAACUCACCACCUAAGACACACCAACAGCAGCCAAGGAGGCCUCUCUGGGCAGGAGGAGGAAGGGAUGUUAGCUCGGUCAGCCAGCACUGAAAGUGGUUUCCACAAUCACACAGAUACUGCAGAAGGCGAUGUGAUAGCUACAGUGGAGGACAGCUACGACACAGAGAGAGUUCAGGAAAAUGAGGAUGAGAGUGCAUAUGCAGUGCAGUACAGACCCGAGUCUGAGGAAUACACAGAGAAUGCUGAGGCUGAGCACGGUGAGGCCAUGCAUAACCGAACAUUGCCCAAUCACUUACAUUUCCAUUCCAUUGAACACGAGGAAGCCAUGAAUGCUGCCUACUCUGGUUAUGUCUACACACAUCGGCUCUUCCACCGAGGAGAGGAUGAGCAGUAUGCUGAGCCUUAUGCUGACUAUGGACUGCAGGAACAUGUGUAUGAGGAGAUAGGAGAUACACCAGACCUCGAUGCUAGGGAGGGGAUCCAACAGUAUGAGCGGGAAAGAGAGGAAGCUGACAAUUAUCGCAAGGAGGCACUUGGUGCCCGCCUUCACCAUUAUGAUGAACGAUCUGAUGGAGAGUCUGACAGCCCUGAGAAGGAGGCCGAGUUUGCACCCUACCCACGAAUGGACAGUUAUGAACAAGAGGAGGACAUUGAUCAGAUUGUAGCAGAAGUGAAGCAGAGCAUGAGCUCCCAGAGCUUAGACAAGGCAGCUGAAGACAUGCCAGAGGCGGAACAGAGUUUGGAGCAUGGUCAUACUCUUGCUGGUGGUGGGCAUGAAAUUAAUGGCCAGCUCCCAGCUGGUUCUCGACUUAUAUCCAACUCAGGAGAAUCAGUGCAGAGGUAUAGCAAGGAAAAGAGAGAUGCAAUUUCAUUGGCCAUCAAAGAUAUUAAAGAGGCUAUUGAGGAAGUGAAGACAAGGACCAUCCGUUCUCCUUAUACCCCUGAUGAACCUAAGGAACCUAUCUGGGUAAUGAGGCAGGACAUCAGUCCAACCAGGGACUCUGACGACCAGAGGCCGCUAGAUGGAGAUUCUCCAUCUCCAGAUUCCUCUUCAGCUCGGGGUGCUGAAUCGUCCAGUAGGCAACAUCCCCAGGAUGUCAGCAGUACAUCAGAGGGCUCCACUAAUAAAGAGUCCAGAAAAAGCUUGGCUUCGUUUCCAACCUAUGUUGAAGUUCCUGGACCUUGUGAUCCUGAAGACUUAAUUGAUGGAAUAAUUUUUGCUGCCAAUUACCUUGGCUCGACUCAACUCCUUUCUGAUAAAACUCCCUCAAAAAAUGUGAGAAUGAUGCAGGCUCAGGAAGCUGUCAGCAGGAUCAAGGCUCCAGAAGGUGAAUCUCAACCCAUGACUGAGGUGGACCUCUUCAUUUCUACACAGAGAAUAAAAGUACUGAAUGCAGACACACAGGAAACCAUGAUGGACCAUCCCCUGCGCACUAUUUCUUACAUUGCAGAUAUUGGAAACAUAGUGGUUUUGAUGGCUCGUAGGCGAAUGCCACGGUCUAACUCCCAGGAUAAUGUGGAAGCAUCUCACCCUUCCCAAGAUGGAAAGAGGCAGUACAAAAUGAUUUGCCACGUCUUUGAGUCCGAGGAUGCACAGCUGAUUGCACAGUCCAUAGGUCAAGCAUUUAGUGUGGCCUACCAGGAAUUUCUGAGAGCAAAUGGAAUCAACCCAGAAGACCUUAGCCAGAAGGAAUACAGUGACUUGCUCAAUACCCAGGACAUGUACAAUGAUGACCUGAUUCACUUCUCCAAAUCUGAAAACUGCAAAGAUGUUUUCAUUGAAAAGCAAAAAGGAGAAAUCCUUGGUGUAGUGAUUGUGGAGUCUGGCUGGGGAUCCAUUUUGCCUACAGUUAUCAUCGCCAACAUGAUGCAUGGAGGACCAGCAGAAAAGUCUGGGAAGCUGAACAUAGGGGACCAGAUCAUGUCAAUCAAUGGGACCAGUUUGGUUGGUUUGCCACUGUCAACAUGUCAGAGCAUUAUAAAGGGUUUGAAAAACCAAGCCCGGGUUAAACUGAAUAUAGUUAGGUGUCCUCCAGUAACCACAGUCUUGAUCAGAAGACCGGACCUCAGAUAUCAGCUGGGCUUCAGUGUGCAGAAUGGGAUUAUCUGUAGCCUUAUGAGAGGAGGUAUAGCAGAGCGAGGAGGUGUGCGUGUUGGCCAUCGGAUUAUUGAAAUCAAUGGGCAGAGUGUUGUAGCAACACCCCAUGAGAAGAUUGUUCACAUCCUCUCAAAUGCUGUUGGUGAGAUUCAUAUGAAGACUAUGCCAGCUGCCAUGUACAGACUGUUAACUGCACAGGAGCAGCCCAUUUACAUCUGAAGCAGACACCUCACCAUCACAAUGUGCAUGGAGGAUGCUUUUUCUUGUUAGUGCUUGUCUCUAUAGUGCUGCAUUUCGCUGUGUUCUCUUUUUUUCUCUCUCUCUCUUGUCCUCACAGACGCAAAACACACUAUCUCUCUCUUCCUGCUUCCUCUUCUUCCCAUAAUUUUGCAGUAUUUUGUAAAGGGGCAAAGUAUAUCUAUGGGACUGUUUUGAGUGCAUCUUUUCACAAGUGAAACUUCAUGGCAGUUCCACAUGCAAAGCCGGAAAAUAACAGCAGCAUUGUUCACAGCAGGAUUCACAAAGAAGAUUGUCCCUGCCUCAUGCUACAUAAUCAGUUUUAUCUUUGUGACUAUAAUUUGACAGAGUAAACUAGAUUUUGCUAAAUGAAAAAUGUCUUUACCAAACACAUAAAGCUAUAAGGUGCAAAAUAUUCUCUUGAAUAUCCUGCAUGAGACUUUGCUUUUCUUGCCUAUUUUCCCACAGGCCUCGAGCUCGGUAUUAAAGGUUUGCGUUUGUAGGCAAAGUAGAAUACCAAAAGGAUAGUUUUGCCCUCAGGAAAAAUUACCUGCUUCCUAAGACUCAGUAAAUGCUGCUGUUGUAAAAUGGACUGUCUGAAUACACACCUUUUAAUUCCCCUCUGUCAUCUAUUUGUCUUGAUUUGUCAUCUGUUUGUCUCAAAAGGUACUCUGUGAGUUGCUGAAACCUGUUAGGCUUGCAUUGCUUACACCAACUAAUUUGGGAGGUGUUUUUUACUGCUGCCUCCCAUUCUCUUCCCCCAGGUUUCUAACUCUUUGUCUUCUUCUACUUUGUUUUUAAAUGUGUUUUAAACGUUUUAUAGUCCCUCACCUGUUUUAGAGGUUAAAGGAGAGGGAGGGGAUCUUUAAAUAUCUACAGGGGAAAUUGUAAGAGUCUUUCCUGAAUAGCUACACUUUUUCUAGACUCUUAAUUCUGAAUUUGGUGCACACAGUCAUGUGUGCCAGUGUAUAUAGACAUUUUUAACAUUGUGCUUGCUAUUUAUGAAGUUUGAAUAUAAGAGAUCUGCAGAGUAUUCUAAGUGAUUUUGUUCUCUGAGCCAGUUUUAACAUAUAUUUUUGUCCAAAGAACUGUCUAAUUUUAUCAACUUUCUCUUUAGUUUAUGGUAUAGAUAACAAUGGAAGGGAUGAGGUGGGGAUAAACUUAUUUAUUUUGCUAUAUAAUUUAACUUGUGAUUUUUUUUCAUAUGUAUGGCAUUUAAAGGAGAUAUGAGUAUAAUAUAUGCACUUGUAUGAAGAUGAUAAACUCUAUGGAUGUAUGAAAUCUAGGAUUUGAUUGGCUUGUAACUUGCAUGCUAGAGACAAAAGGGGGAGAAGGAGUUGAAUUGGGUGGGUUGUUUUUUUAAGAGGAAAAUAAAAACAGGCAGUGGCUCUUCUGCCUAGUGAGAGGAAAAUUCUCCGUUCUCUGUAGUUGCUUUUUACCAGACCUGUGUACUGGUGUUUAUGCUGAAAUGGAGCCAGUCCGGGCUAAUACGUUGAUUUCUUUUGAUGAAACAGUUUGUACUGUGUUUUACUGUGAUAGAAAGGCUCAGUGAGAGGAGAACAAGAGCAGGCCACAGACAGCCAUGCACCACUUCUGCUUUGAAAAUGUACUGUUGGUCAUAGUCGCUUGUUUCUCAGUCCUUGCACAGUGGACUGUGCCGCACAAGCAUUGGUUGCAGUCCAGUGCUGAUGCCUCAACACGCCGACAGAGGCUGCUGGGAGUGGGCCUGUGCGUGCAUCCGCACACUGGCGCGGGCGCUGCUGAGGGGCGCGGAGCACUCUGCUGACAGUGGCCCAGUUACGGCCUUCGGGACCCAUGGAUAUAUCCCGGGGCUUGCUCAGAGCUGCAGAGUAAACCUCACAUUUCCGUGGGCAGUAAAUAUUUCAGGGAGAUGAUGAAGUGGUGCAUAAACUAUUGUAGUAAGUGAAUAUGUUUUAGUGUUGAGUUUAAUAUAUGAUGACUUGUUUUUAUUGCAUUUCUUGUUGUUAAAUAAUUUAAUCCAAAUCUCCAGAAUAGCAGAUUGCACAAGAGAGCGGUGUUAGUGUUCCAGGUUAGUAUUUACCUCUGCUACCUGACUGAUGCACUUAGAUAGUGAAUGACUUGUGAGUAUAUAGUUUAACUGUAGACAUCUAGUUUAUGAUCAUUUGAACUUUUUUUUUUCCCAGAGUUUUCCAUAUAUAUAGUAAUAUAUGUAAAUAUGAUAUAUAACCAUGUACAAUUUAGAAAAAAUAUAUACAGUGCAGCCUUUCCAUAAGUUGCCUGAGGAAACUUAAUGAACUCUUGAAGACACAGAUAUUGUGCUUCUGGUUCCUGCUAUGUUUACACCCUCAGCUUCACUUGUUUCUGUGGUCAUGUCCAGCUCAUGUGGUGGAGUCUUUAACUCACUUCACUGGGAAAUGAUGAAGAUCUGAACAUGCAAAUGUAUCUAGAGAUAAAAAAGCUGUUUCUUUGAAAAUCUUGCAACCAAGAUGCUGUGAAGUUGCUGGCACGUGAGUGCUUGAACAGUUCACAGUAAAUAGGUGCUUAACAUUAAGCAAGUGAAUAAUGCUUGCAGGAUCAGAGUCUAGCAAAAAAAAAAGAUAUUUUUUUCCAGUUACAGCAUGUGUGUAAGGUUUCUAACUGGGAGGUCCACCGUGUAUGCACACUUCUGGUAACAGUCUUGUAAACAAUCCCAUUUUACUUUGUAAAAGGAGUUUCAAGGAGCUCAAAAGGGAAGGCUGGCAGUUCUCUAGGCUUCUGCAGCAGUUCGUUGGAUUACAUAACAUGAAUUUCUAACAAAUCCAAACUGCUGGUUUACAUUCCUCCUUCAGUGACAGACCUGGAUUAUUUUUUUGUCCAUGCUGCUUCAUACAGUCUAAUUAAUGCAUCAGUGUUUACAUUAAGGGUGAAACAUCCCUUGUAUUUUUUUUCUCAUUGGCAAGUUUCACACAUCUGUUUUCAAUCGUGUUCAACUUUUCAAAACUUAAUGGGGAUUUCCAAGUUUGCUUGCUUUCCUUGUUUUCUAAAUGAAAUGUAUUUCUAAAGACAGCAAUGUGGUUGAGAUCUCUUGUACAUAUUUAUCUAGCGCAGUACUUAGACUAUGAAGUUGUACUAUUGUUCUGUAAAGAGGGUGAAUAGAAACUAUUGUAAAGCGUUGGGAAAAGUAUAGUAUUGUAUUUGUAACGAUAUUGUUCUUUGUAAACAUUUAAUGAUCUCUAUAUAUAAAUAUAAAUACAUAUAUAAAUACAUGUGAGCCUGGAAUGUUGAUACUGCACAUCUGCUGAAUGUAAUUCCUCUGAUGUUUUUUUGCCACAGGUCUGUGACUCCUGUUUUGAAGCUGCAGUGGUUUGAUUUGGGGGAAAGGGCAGUGGGAAGAGGAGUGGGCCUUUUGUUUGGAGUGGGGCAGGGUGGGAGGUUUCUGUCCAGCUGUUUUGUUGUGAUGUGUUUACUGUGCUACAUUCCUUUAUUUAACAGAGUGCUAAUGUCUGUAAGAUUUACAACAAUAAAAUACAAAACAAAAAUA